GGUGGCACAGUAUCUCGACCGUAUAUAUACAGUGGCUGUGUGAGACCGCCGAGAGGAUCACUGUCAAACUUAAGAUUGGACCAGAGUGAAAGCUGCUCUUGGUCUCGACAGCUUUGCCAAGGAGUCGCUUCUGCUUCGGCAUCCUGUGUCGCACUUCACCCCGUCACGUUUCUUCGUCAUUAUGUCCACCGCGGUUGCGCCUGCCCAGGCCGCUCCGCUCACUUCGCCGCGCAUGACCCGUGACCUGAGUCCGAAGAAUUGCCCAACGUUGGCACCUGCGACUUCGAGUAAUCAGAAUAGCGCCACGCCACCUCGUCUGUCUGGCCCAUCGCGGGAUGGGUCAUCGGCCAAGAGCUCUCCUGCAGGAAAGAAGCCGACAUCACCAUCGUCGCAAAACGGAACAAACCCCGCGAAAGUCAUAGUCAAGAAGGAACCGCCUUCAUCGCCUGCAAUGCAGUCCCAUACUCGACCUCGUCCCCGGCGAUUGGAUCUCUCUACUAGCCUCCCGAACUCGGGAGGUCUGUCCGCUCGGGCUCCCGGAGGUCCGAUGACUGCCCGGGAUGGCCUCAAUAUGCAGAACGUUGGGAUCGCUUGCCUGUCUCCGGGCUUUCAGACCCACGACCCGGUCAUGAGAGAGCAACUCCAACGGAGCUUGUCAGUUCGUGACCAACAAAGAUCAAUAAUCGAAUCGCGCCUACAGAAGUCUGCGAAGGAUGACGGACCAGAAGGAAUUAGGCCUUCGGAUUCGUUUGGCCUACCCAAGACCGCAGCUUCGAAGAGGAGACCACCGGGCUUGUCCAUCGUUCCCCCAUCUGCAGCUCAAUUCGCAAAUGAGCGUGUCAUUCAAUCGGCGCCUUUAAACCAGACAUUUACUGGCCGACACGAGCCGCAGCCACUGACCCGUCACAUCGUCAAUCAGAGUCCUACUCUAGGGUCUACUUCUCAUAUUCAUCACGUCCCUGCCAACCAAACGAACAACCGCCUUCCACCACUCUCUGAUGUGUUUGGGUCGGAUGCUUUGGGAGGCCGUGAUAGAGACAUCAACAGGGGACCUUUCUACCCUGGCGCAACGGGUGCGAGCUCAUCUCAAUCAAACAACUUGCCGCCCAUUCCAUCUCCCAGGAUGUCUCGUGAUUCUGCUCAAGUUCCCAAGCGGCCAAGAGAGUAUCGUUCUGCCGAAGAAGCUGUCCAAGAAAUGUCGGGUGGACGGGAAGAGCUCCUGCCUCGCAUCGUGCACUACGGCGGUCACCAACCACCAACCCCACCGUCUCCGCGGGUCACCAACGGUCCCCCCAAAUCUGGUGCACCUCAUUCAGACACCGCCCCGGCGACGAACGUUCAUCCUCAACCAGUUUUGUAUCCUUCCGAAGGAUCUGCCCGUCGCCGCUCUAGAAAUGAGUACGAGCAUGAACAUGGUAGUCCUCCGCUAGGCCAUGGUCCCGAUCCACACUACCGUCCGAACCCAGCUCUGGCUUCUGGCGCAAGUACCACCCGUGGUCCAUUCGGUGCUGGCAGAGACUCCCCCGAGACUCAAAGGAGAAAGAAAGAAGAAUUUCUCAGUCUUUGCGCCCGCGCAUGGGAUUUGUUCCAUUCUUAGAGCUGAAUUCGCCAGCACGUCUCUCUCGACCCUCUCAGCUGGAGGCUAGCGCCAUCUUCAGGCAACGGUAAUAUCAGGGCACCGGCUUAUUUGCACGAGGUGUCACGUGCUUGUUGGUCCGUGAGCUCAAAUAACCACUGGUGGGAGUUUCACACCCAGGUGGGAUUUGUUUUUGGCUAUAUGUGAAAGACAUGCCUAGGGAACCCCUACGUUCUUGGCAUGAUGAAUAUGCAUACGACGACCAUUUCUAUGAAC